UUUAUGUUUACUUCCGGUGAUAAUCAACUUUUUGUGCAAAAGCCACGUCAGAUUUACACGGUAUAAACAUCAGUAGAUUUGUGUCUUAAUGACAAUUGAUGAUUUGAUAUACUGAAAUUUCAUUCAAGAAACGAGAUGUCAUCGAAUGAUAUCGGGGAUUGGUACCGCAGUAUUCCGAAAAUAACGAAAUGGUGGUUUACAGGAUCAGUUAUUAUACCAAUAGCAGCGAAGUUGGGACUUUUGAAUCCUAUGUGGUUGUUUCUACAUUAUGAAUCCUUAAUUUACAAAUUUCAGUUUUGGAGGCCGCUGACAGCUGUACUAUUUUAUCCAACAGGAUUCCCAUAUUUGAUAAACCUUUAUUUCUUAUAUUCAUAUUCUACCAGAAUAGAGACAGGUAUAUAUGAUGGCAAGCCAGCAGAAUAUGCCUUUAUGUGGCUCUUUAACUGGUUAGCACUUGUUAUAAUUGGAUUGGUAGCUGAAAUAUAUUUACUGAUGGAUCCUAUGGUGUUGAGUGUUUUAUAUGUGUGGUGUCAGUUAAAUAAAGAUCAGAUCGUACAGUUCUGGUUUGGAACACAGUUUAAGGCCAUGUAUUUGCCAUGGGUUUUAUUUGCUUUCAAUGCUAUUAUUGGAAGUGGUGGCUUAGCACAGUUACUUGGUAUAGUUGUUGGACAUUUGUAUUUCUUCUUAAUGUUUAAAUAUCCCCAAGAUUUUGGAGGAGCUACAAUGUUACGAGUACCAGCCAUAUUCUACAAAUGGUUACCAAACAGAAGAGGUGGAAUGUCAGGAUUUGGUCAAGCACCAGCCAGCAGACGACAAGAUGGCAAUGAUAAUGCUAAUGGUGGCCGGCAUGCCUGGGGAAGAGGAAAUGCUCUUGGGGAUUAAGAUGAUCUGAAAUAUAGAAAACACCAAAAUGCUUGAAUAUAUCUGGUGAAAAGAAUUGUGUAAACUUCAUGAUGUUCACCUAGACCAGUUUCAUAAAGGACUGAAAUAUAGAUAUUUUUCAAGUGAUAUUCAAUUUAAGUUUGUUGACUUUAAGUUGAAUGCAUUGUACAAUGUACAAAUAUUGAAAUCAAGACUCUUUUAUUCCAUAAACCAUGAAAUAUUCACAACUUUUCGAGUAGCACUAUUUUCAGGGUGAGAGCUGAAACAAAUAAAAAUAAAUUGCCUUGAAAUUUGACAGAUAUUUAACAGUAAAUGCCAUAUGAGCACAUUUAUCUAAACAGCUGUAAAUGCAUUUUUAAUCUUUUAGAGGGACUAUGUUUAUUUCCAUGAAACCAUAUCCUAUUUUAUUGUCUUACACAUUAAACCAUAUGCCUGUUUUUAAUUAAUGUUUUUGUUUUGUUUUAUUUAUCCAUUAGCCAAUGAAUGCUAAAAAUAUCUGUCUAUUUUAAAAUUGUGGUGUUUCAAGCAUCAAAUGCUAUCAAACAUUUAAAAAACCAAAGAUAAUAUUUUAACUCUUUGUAGGUAAUAGAAUGAAUAACGUUCACUUGUUCUUCUCGAAAUCAUUCUGAACAAGAUAUUUGUAGAGAUUGCAAUGUUAAAGUAUCUCUCCUUCAGCAUACUCACAGAAGAGAUAAGUUACUCACUCGACUGUUAUCUGAAAUUGUUUGACAGCCAUUGUUCAUGCACUGUUUGCACAUUUUCCUGGACUCAUUCAAUUGUAAAAUUCAUGUGCCAUGAUGACACUAUUUAUUCAAUUCAAAUAUAUAUUUGGGAAGGAGAAUUUGUUUCUGACUAAUUUAGCAGUAAUCAUGUGUUUGUUAUUUAAAUUUCUUCUUCUUCAUGAAUGAACCUCCACAUAGAAAAACUGUUUCACAAAAUCAACUUCCUUUGACAUUCAAUGUCUUCAUAAUAGAUAAUUCUUUUUUGCCAUUUUGUCAUGUGAUAAAUCUGUUCACCAGUUUAUUUACCAAAAAAAAAAACCCACAAUGUACUGGUUCAAGGAAAAUACUUUUUUAGUGAGACAAUAUGUAUAUUUUUGGAAUGAUUUUUUUCAUCAUUCAUUUUACAUAAUUAUACUUGUGUAUUUGAUUAAUUACUUGUAAAAUAAGCAGAAGAAAAAUGAUAACUUCGUGUGUUGAUUCUGAAAGAGUGCAUGCAGUCUACUGUUAUUUACUCUUUGAAAUUUCUCUCUUAGUCUUAGGACAAGAAAAGAUACAUUUCUUGAUCACUAGUCGUGUGUUGAAAUGCAAAUAGAUUUUACCUUCAACCACAUGAUACUGGGACCUAUGCAUGUACAUUGUUAUUUAAUUAAUUCACCAACUCGCAUAAGAAUGUAUCUUUUUCUUGUAAGGAUAUAAAUGUGUUAUAACAAGAAGCAUAGUUCAUUCUAUCUUAAAGUUGAGAUGUGUUUACAAUGAAUUUGUCCAAAUAUGAUUUUAAUGUUAAUUUGCAUGAAAUUAUAAACUAGUAAGUAAGAGAAUUUUGUAUUAUAAAAUUGCCAAUCAAGUCAGAGAUCAUUUGGCCAGAGUUAAAAACAUAAUUUCACAACACCCUUCAAUUUGUGAGCAAUGGUUUAUAGACUCAUUUUCCCCAGUGUCUCCUACUUGGAUUAUAGUUGAACCUUUUAUAUAUUUUAUUGCAAUGUGAUGCAGUUGAAAACAUAUAGAAGAAAUACAAGAUCAUGUCAAACUAUUAAAGUAGUAGAUCAUUUUUAUUUUUUCUUGAAAGUAAAUAUGUAUGCUAAUAACCAUAAAAUUUGGAAUGUUUUUGUAAACAUGAUUUGGUCUGCUUAUUGCAAAACUACUUAUUGAAUUUUUUCUUUACUUUUUUAUUCUUUUAUUCAUUCCUUUAACUGAAAUAAACACAAAGAAAUUACUUGCCAUAUUCAGCUGUGUGUUAUACACACUUAUUUUACCCAAGACAUAUAAUUGGUAGAGGGGUGUGUAUUAUACAGUCUACAGACUCUGAAGGAGUUGUUUUCUUCACUUUUGUAUCAUUUCAAAGUACAGAUGUGAAAUCUCAUGAGAUUUGGUGAUAAAAAAGGGAUGCAGAUAAUACACAACCAAAUACGGUAUAUUUAUACUAUUUGAAACAGCUUCAAUUAUAUCUGUACAUACUAGUCCAAGUCAUUGAAUUCAUUCAAUUAACAAUAAGAAUUUUUAGCUGAAAUAUUUUCAGUGUUUAUUACUUCAUUAAAUCAUUAUAUCAUUCCAUGCCUAUCUUUUCAGUUGUGUGUAACUGCUGUAUUGUGUGUAUGUCAUCAAGUAAUAUAAAUAUGUUGAAAUUAAAUAAAUAUUGUUUAUGAA